AUGAGUCAAUCCCAAAAUGGACGAAAUAACGGUCGACCACCCGGCAUGGGGGGAUCCGUCAAAAGAGCGAGGGAGUUAGCUGAAGCGGGUGCGCCGAGGAGGAAUAUAUCAGCUUUUCCAGAGCCUCCGAUAAGACGGCCUCAGGCGCCACCUGGGAUGCAGUUUAGGGAUGGACAGGGUCAGAUUGGAAUGGCGAUAUCGAGACCGACACCACUUCCGCAGUGGCCGCUGGGUGGACCUAUAUCAGCACCGCCUGCUGCCGAUUCGGAGCCAUACCGACCGCCACCCGGAAGAUCACAACCACCUCAACGCCCUCCACGGCCUAGCAGAGUACCUUCGAUUUUGGACGGCUCUCAUUUACAAGAACCCACGCCCAUCUUCCAGUCCAUACCUCAGAACGCUAGAGAAUCAGAGCUGUCAGCACCCGAUACGAUACAAAGCACGUCCUCGAGGCAAUCAACUAACUCUUCGGUUGGAACCAUCCCGGAUUUUCCAUUACCGGUUGCUGCGCCUCCGCUGCCGCCACCAUCUAGAAGAAGCGUGAAUCUGGGCCCGCCACCGUCUUCAAGACGAGGAGCUUCAUCGUUUUAUUCGACCGCGUCGUUCGUAUCGCCAAUCCCAGAAGAGAGUCCUAGAACACGGUCACAUACGUCCUACGCAUCCAGUGCGGCAAUACCGGAAAGCUUUGGUAGUUUAUCACCGGUAGUGUACAGUCCGAACGCGGCGUCUAUCGAUAGUACGAUUGCAGAAGAGUCUGUCAUUAGUGAUGACGCAGAUGACAGCCGUCUAGUGAGUAGUGCAAGCAUAGGAAAAAGAGGAAGACCGGCUCUAGUAACUACAGGAAGUGCGGAGAAGAGGGAUUCGACGUCGCGACCGGCGCCGAUGCCUAUCCAAGGUGGGCCAUUCCGAGAUGGCACUGGAUAUAUCGAUGGCUCAUCAAGUUCAUCUGGAAAUGUUUCAAGAGAAGCCGUUGGUACCGCGUUGACUGCGGAUAAUAUGUUGAGUGCUUUCGAGGGUGCCAGUGCCAUGGAUCCUUCGUCAAUACGAAGAGCUACUCCUUCGCCAAGGCCGGCUAGGUUUUCCGCUAUUCGACGACCGCCGCGCUUGGAUAUGGAUGCAGUGAGAGCAGCUGAGGCUAGAGGGAGCUUGACGAGUCUACCAGAUUUAAUUCGACGGGCAACAAGACUGGCGGCGUUGAUGGAGAGGGGCCGUAGACCAGCGAGUCGUUUUGACGAACUCGACUUCCCAGAAGAGGUCUACGGUAAUGAAGCUGACAAGGACCCUUCUUAUGAAACGAGGCACCAGUCCGGCUUGUCUGAUAUGCUAGCAGCAUUUCCGCCCCCUGCAAGUCGAAAUGGAAAACGCCAAAGCAGAGCAUCAACGGCUUGGCCGUUAGGACGAAGGUCCUUCCGUGGCCCCCCUGCAUCAACAGAGCAAACCGUGGAUUCAGAGACGGGGUCGAAAAAGAAGAAGAAGCGUCGUUGUUGCGGGUUGCCAUUUUGGACUUGUUUCGUAUUACUCAUCAUCUUGUUGGUGAUAAUAGCAGCUGCAGUUGUGAUCCCGGUCAAACUCCUCGUCAUCGACAAGUCGGCGGCGAAGAGCACAGCACAGCCGGACAUCUCAGAUUGCGAGGCGCAAUUAACUUGUGCCAACGGCGGCACGAACAUUGACCUACAGGGCGUCUGCUCGUGCAUAUGUUCGAACGGAUUUACCGGCGCAACCUGCACGAUUCCUACUUCGCAAGGCUGCACUACAACAUCAAUCAGCACGUCAGGUUCCAAUAUCAACAACGUUACCAUCGGCCAGGCAAUACCUCGUCUCAUCCAAAACGCUCAGACUAACUUUUCAGUCCCUCUCAUCGCCACCGUAAUACAAUCGAAAUUCAACAAAGAAAAUCUUUCCUGCAACACGGAAAAUGCAUUGGUCACCUUCGAUGGACAGUCACUUCGAACUCAGGACGCCUCGGCCGAGGUAUCUGAUCUGAGCUCGGAUUCAGAACUCGCACAGGCUGCUGUAGUCGCGGCUGCCGUGCCAAUUACCCUUAGCGUGUCUCCGGAUAUCGACAUCACGUUGACAAUUGACAAUCCGGAAGGCACCGGUGGAUUUUCUGGGAGCUUUAUAGUGACAACCUUAACAGCGCCAACUACAAUUUCCGGUUCUACGAUCUUUGCUACAACCAUAUCAGGUAGUAGCAACUCCAAACGAUCAUCUCCUACUCCGGUUCCGACGUCGGCCCCGGCCAUCACAUCGGAACUAACGACCAGUUCAAUCAGCCCAAGUACGACGGCCAUGCCGACCUCCACCUUCAAGGUGACUGAAGAAAUUGCCGACUUUGCUCGCGUAGCAGUCCUGUAUAUCUUUCAGGAAAAGACCCUAGCCGAUGCAUCGACCGCUCAGACCUCAGUUCAAAGCUUCUUCAGUAGCGUUGAGAGCGAUCGGAAUACAACUUCAUACGUAACGACCAAUCAAGCAACGAACGUCACCGUCGGUGGGGGGAACACGAUUGAUUUCGUGAAUCUAUUCGUCGACGUAGGCGCCGGAAGAGUCGGUGGCCGUACCGGCUGA